GGGAUCUCUCGCCUUAUGUUAGUGUGCAAACUUUUUUUCCUUUUCUUCAGUCCUUCAACUCCUCCCUCGCGUUAUAAUCGUGACCGCUUUAUAUUCGAACAAAUACGGUACGGUAAUUCUGGCACCCCCCAACUUUCCAUCGGUUUUCCGGGAGAAAAAGUGCUAGGGUUAUGCGAGUAAAUACGGUAUAAUGGAAAAGCAGACCUACAGAAAAGAUUAACUCUUUACAGUACCAGGAGAAGAAGUCUACAAACAGUGUUUAAAAAUUAAGGAUGUUCGACGACGAAAUCAAGCGCCUAGAUGAGCGCAGAAGCACAUUUAUUUGCAAGGUCGACGCGAUGCAGAACCUCGUCAGCGGCGCAGUAUGCCCCAACUGCAGACGGUGCAAGCUGCCUGUCCGAGAAUUGGCAGGUAAACGAAAAGGGCUGGCACUGUUUUUGGAACUCUAUUGCCGAAAUGACGCAUGUACUGCAACUGUCGUUUCGUCCGACUACACUUCAAGUCGCUUAUCUCCGUCAUGCGACGGAAGUGCUGGCCCACUUUAAAGCCACCCGAAACUCUCCUGCUUUUGCUGCUGCUCCCGCCACUACUGCUUUCGGUAAGUCCACGAUUCGUAUUGACCGUACUUAUACUGAUUUUGCGGCAUUUUUUCAGAAAAGAUGUCGAAGAGAAACCGCGAAGAGGAUAAUGAAGAUGAGGUACUGCUGCACUAUAUUUUAGAAAUAUUUUUGGUGACAAUUAAUAUGUAUUGUGGGAGAACACGCGCGCCCAUUUUCUUUCCUUAAGGCAGGCGCGAUCGCGAACUGACGGCAGGAGCCAAGGGACCACUAGGAGAGGAGCACCGUCGCCCUUUCUGGACAACCCCUUUUUUCCCGCCACUCCUCGCGCCAAUCCUUGCAUCCCGGCUCGCGGGAAAGGGAACUCGCUCUGCAAGGGAAACAACCCUCGCGGUGGGGAGGGGCACGGGAGGUGAAUAAAACAACCGAGCAGACGGGCAGACGGUCUCUCGUGCCCUGCUGACCUGCGAGGUAACACCUCACCGCCCCGAGACCCGCCAGGCGAACAUCGACCGAAGGUGUAAGCGUUACCCUUUGUUUUCUACUAGAGCGGACUAUCCCUCUAUGCGACAUUUACGCGUUAUUGCUAGCGCAGCAAUAAAGUGUUGUUUGUUGUUCUAGCCUGUUGCCUUAUUCGCCCGAACCCGUCGUAGCUGCGAUGACUCGCGCUACGGGAAGGGGACGUUGAUACGCGUACGGUACGACUAUUUGCGGCUGGGACCGGAGCUAGGCUUCUGCACCAGCCGUGCAUAGAGCGGACCCCUUCAGUAUCCAGGGACCAAAUCAAGACUUUACUGCUUCAAGCAUCGAAAAUAAUUCCAGCUAGUCUAAUGAAACCGUGGAGGAACUUGAGAAAACUUAUCGAAGCAUGGACAACCUGCCAAGAACAGAUAAUGAACAAUCAGGAUGAGGUCGAAUAUCAGAAAAUAUACAACCCCCUCCAUUGUGGGCACUGCAGUUACAAGACUUUCCAAAACGACGAAGAAUUGUGCAUGAUGUCUUUCCCGCCAGAAACAACGGAGAAGCUCAGGACAUUUGUAAUGAAAUUAUUAAGCGAUUCGAACUCGGAUCUACCCAAUAUGCAAUCGCAGCCAUCAGCAUCCCACACGUCCACGUCCUCCACGACUGUAGUUGGAGUAACGGAAGUUGCAGGUGUGUUGCUUUCCUUGGCUUCGUACGAAGACCAAACCGCUCGUCAGUUUGGGCUACAAACGCUACUGCAUGGGACUUCUUCUAUAUCAUCAAGUAUUUGUUAGCGAACCCCGACUCAUGGAAUACUUUAAGGUGGGAGGAGCCGACUGGUACUCUUACUGUCAAACUGAAGAUAUGGGACAAUUCACAAGUACGGGACACGAAUCCGCAACAGUUCUGGAAAUACUGCACACGCAGCCUACGUGUACAACUGCAUGCAACGACGCGGGCGGAAGUUCGACAAACAAUACAAACACUGAUGGCCUAUGCACACGACAGAGUCAAUCACCAAAAACCAGAAAAUGUGUCAAAAGAACACAAGAAGAAUCCAUCUAUGACUGGCUACGGGAAAACCCAGCAUCGCCGCUAACUAGCAUCGUAAGAACACCAAAGUGGCUGUCUGAUCCUGAAAUGAGAUUUAUUAGACUAGAGGACAAACAUUUGCAAAGGGCCAUUCAAGUCUUCAAUGAUGAAUUGUGCACCUAUACCACACUCGACUUUGUUGAACUGUACAAAAACACACAGCCACUCUUUGAUGCACCCCAUGGUGACUUAAAUUCAUUUUAUAUGAAUGUCGAAGACUCAUAUAAAGCUGUUCUUGAACUGUUAAACUUUCAAUUUGAUGAAAACCACAAUGAAAUUGCAGAAUUUGUAAACAACUUAUACAUGCUCGUUGAAAAGAUGGUCCCCAAGAAAAACUGCAUCGAAGUGGUGUCUCCUCCAACUGCUGGCAAGAAUUUUUUCUUUGAUGCUGUGCUCUCUUUUUAUAUUAACAGAGGAACUAUACGGAAGUUUAACCGCUUCUCUAACUUUCCGCUUCAAGACACAGUGGGUCGACGUAUCCUCUUGUGGAAUGAGCCCAACUGUGAAUCUGCUGCCUUCGACACAGUGAAAAAGAUAUCCGAUGGUGAUGUAGACUCUGUUGCAGUCAAAUACUCUCCUGACCAGACCAUCACAAGAACGCCCGUCAUUGUGCUGUCCAACAACGAGGUCUUUCCUAACGAUGAAGCAUUCAAUCACCGAAUGUGGAGAUACAAGUGGAAGGCGUGCCCCAUGCUUAAACGUCACGACAAGAAAGUGCACCCCAUGUCUUUGAUACACUUGUAUGAAAACUUCCUAAUCGAUGCAGACUACACUCUUGCAAGGCAACAAUAAACGUCCUCUUGUAAACCCUGAGUACUUGGCCAAUGCUUCGCAUUAAUCUACUACAACAGCAGCAGCACACAAAAUUAACAGAGUUAGGUUAGGUUAGGUUAGGUCUCUCAUUAAAUAGAGGCGUUAACAAGGGGGCAUCUUUUUGCUUUAUUCACAGUUGCAGCUGGUGGUGUUGUCGCUCACCGCUACCGUAUGUUCUUAUGAAAGCAGGACGAUGCCACUCUUUCCAGGCCACUGCUACUUGGGACCAGGCAACCGGCUGCACAACGGAGAGCCCGUAGACGAGGACGACCGCAUUGCAAGGCACCACGACGAGGCUUAUUCCCGUGCCCAAAGUGACGCCGACGUGUUUGCUGCAGACUGCCAACACACCGAGUUCUUCAAGGACUUUGUGACCACAGGCAACUGGCACUCUGCAUUGGGAGCUAUCGGUCUUGGUACGAAAAAUCUUGUGGAGGAAAAGGUGCUAGGACGGAGUCUUUAUGGAAUGCCACCCGGACGGAAACGUGGUAAUCAGGAACAGCCAGGACCAUCAUCAGCAAAACGUCAACAACACAAUACAACAGACGGCGACGAAGAAAUGUCCGAGACGGCGGCGGACGCCCCCUCUGCCCCCCCGGCAGGAGGAGCAGGUAUUGGAAGUAACCAUCCGAAUACAUCCGAACACGUUCAACAAAUUUUACGAGUACCUCGCGACCACGGAGUGGUCACAGUAUUCAAUGACAGCAAGAUUCUUACCACCUGGGGCGUAGUACAGCUUUGGUGUGAACGUGAUGUCUGCGAUCGCAGCGCAUGCGAUCGGCGUUAGACACGAGCAGCUUGUGCGGUUUUGUGCGAUCCUUGGUGCUCCGAAACCAGCGCAUCAUAAGACUUUCACUGCCAUUGGAAAAAAAGUACAUGCCGCCGCCGAAAACCUCGCACAAGCCAGAGAGCUGACGGCUGCCCGAGGGCAGGUCUAUGAGCGUCGCCAUCAUGGUGUGGGUACGGCCAUUUCCCGUGGCUGUGCUUGGACUACGAGGUGCUGUCCAACUAUUGCCUCAGCUGCAGCAGGCACAAGGCACUGGAUGAUGGAGAAGAAGAAAUCUGGCAGGCCUUUCACACACCCGUGUGUGAGAAAAACAUGAUGUGCUCAGCACAUGCAAUGGAGACCGAGGCUGCAGUGAAGAUAUGGAAGAGGACAGAUCUCUAUACCACACCUCUGCAGUUCAUGACAUUUCUGUCUGACGGGGACAGCAAAGUGUAUACUGCAGUGUCGGAACUGAAUGUUUAUGAAGGUGUUCCUGUUCUAAAGGAAGACUGCACAAAUCAUGUUGCCAAAAUACUCGGAACGGUGUUGUGUUGCGAAGUUUCUCGCCAGUUUCGGUUUCGAGAUUGUACUGUACGAAUGCCAAGGGGCGCCGCUCCGACAUUCAUGUUCACUUCCGCGUCGCUAGGCGCAUCGAGGUGACUUGUAAACGAAGAGUGUGUGAAGAGUACUUUUAGCGUGCAGACUUCCUCCUUAGGCGCUCCACGCCAACCUCGCGUGUUCGUGGCAGGUCGGCAUCCCCGCCAGUCGCGCCAGUAACAGUCGUGCGCCUUCGCCUGCUGUUGCGCCGGAGCCGCAACACAGCAAUGGAGACGAGGACUUGCAAGAGCCACAUUUUAUUCUGCGUACUCUUCUUUUUCUUCCUUGCAAGGUACCUGCAUUACUAAGCCUACCGUAUUUAUUUGAAUAUAGGUUGACCUUUUUUUCCCCGAAAAUGUUGCUCAUAACCAGCUAUCGACCUAUAUUCGUGACCAAAGAAUCUGGACCUAUAUUCACGAACAGAGAGCGCCGAGCUUAU